AUGGCCACUGGGGACCCUUCGAAUGACGACCCGCGGAAGGAUCGCUUUCAAUACAAUGACAUCGGCCCUUUCAAGAGCAUUUUGCAUACACUGGUCUUGAGUGGACCUGGCAAGAAAAAGAUCAAGAUCGACAUGCGCGAUUGCGAUAUAAUGAUUGGUGCCGACCUCGAUGAGUCUACUGUCCGACUAUUGCACUUGCGAAAUGUACGCGAGGACACAGUAACCGAGGCCAAGGCCGUUAUCAAGCAGCUUCUUGAUGAGCUAAAAGCACGGGACGAUAGCACCGGUAGUCCGCUUACUAGAAGUGGGUGUAUAGAUCGAGAGCACGCGGGUGAUGAGGUUCACGAGGAUGUUCGCCAGUUUCUCUAUACCCAAGCUGAGGAGCGCGGCCUCGACUUCGGCUGGGACGAAUCCGGGUACUCGCGCUGGGCGCUGCGGAGUUGCGGUGAUCAAACAUACUUUACCUGUCGCUGGCGUAAAGCAGGCUAUUGGGAAACUGGUGGUAACACACGUGUACCUUGGUUUGACGAGGGAGAGAAGCUUCUAAAAGAGAGUACUUAA